AAAAACAUAUAAAUUUACAACAAUCAAUAUUCGUGUUUAUUUCCAAAACAAAAAUGAAAUUCGCUAUAGCUUUCCUAGCUAUUGCAGCUGUAGCUCAAGCUGCAAACGUGAAGCUUCAUCCGCUUUCAGAUGAAAAUAUCGCCUUGAUCAACCAAAAGGCGAAAACUUGGAAAGCAGGCAGAAACUUCGCGAUCGAAGACUGGGAAAAAGUCAAGAAAAUCGCCACCGGUGUUUUGCCUGGUAAACCGGUACUCGCACGAUCAGUUCAGAGCAAUCCUCAUAAUGAAAACGAAGAUGUUCCAGACAGUUUUGAUGCUAGAGAAGCUUGGCCAAAAUGUGAUUCGAUUAGACAAAUCAGGGAUCAAUCUAGUUGUGGAUCUUGUUGGGCAUUUGGUGCUGCCGAAGCAAUGUCAGACAGAAUCUGCAUCCAUUCCAACCAAACUCAACAAGUCUACGUUUCCACCGAAGACUUGAACUCCUGCUGUUCCGAAUGCGGAUACGGUUGCGACGGUGGUUACGUGGUUUCAACCUUCUACUACUGGGAAGAGACCGGUAUCGUGACUGGAGGUCUUUACAAUUCAUCUCAAGGAUGCAAAGAUUAUUCUCUACAGCCCUGUGAACAUCACGUUGAUGAAGGCAAAAGGCCUCAAUGUGAUUCUUUGGAAAUGACUACGCCUGCUUGUGUGAAGACUUGCUACGAUAGCUCUUUGGAUUAUAAAAAGUCUCUAACUUUCGGUAAAAAUGUGGCCCAAUUUGAAAACGAAAAGCAAAUGCAGAUUGAAAUAAUGAAAAAUGGACCUAUUGAGGCUUCGUUUGAAGUCUACGAAGAUUUCCUUAGUUAUAAAUCAGGUGUUUACCAAGCGACUAGUGAAACUUAUUUGGGUGGCCACGCCAUCAAAAUCUUGGGCUGGGGGGUCGAAGAUGGUACCAAAUAUUGGUUGGUUGCCAAUUCGUGGAAUUCCGACUGGGGUGACAAUGGUUAUUUCAAAAUUCUUCGUGGAGAAAAUCAUUGUGAUAUCGAAAGUGACGGUGCAGGUGCCAUUCCUGUUUUGUAAAAUAUUUUUGAGUAAAUAAAACUAUGUUGUUGUAUAAAUGUGUUGGAAAGUUUUAUCUAAAGCCAUAUACUGGGUUUAAAAUGGAGGGUGAUAACGUAGCACACAGUUUCGUCCAUUAGCUAAUAGGUGUCUGGAGAGAAAUG